UGCUCUCAUUCACAUUAUUCUUCACCGGAAACUUCCCAAGAAAAAGAAAAAAUCAUUACUCUCUCUUAUUAGUGAGGCAAACGCAUUCAAGAGCUUCCAAGAGAGAGAUCUCUGCUUUAAUUAAGAAGUACAGAGAGAGAUGGCUGCAUACGUUGCAUUGGCUUCUCUAAUGGGAACAAUAGAACAGCUUCAGCUUUUGCUAUCAAAGUUAGAUCUAUUGGACACUCAUGUGGAAAGUUUGAAUUUACUCUACGAGAAGGUUGAUUCUCUGCAAGAGCUUCUUGAUAAUUCUGAUGGUGAACAAACGGAGAAUUUGCACGAAAAGGCCAGAGACAGCAAAUGAAGCAGAAGAUGAAGUUGAAUCACAGAUGAAGGUGGUAAUGGAGGAACAACAUGAUGGACUCCAUCAAAAGGAAGCCCUCGAGAGUCUUUUUGAGAUCUUACAACGAGGUAUUGAAAAUGUUGAUUCCCUCAAGGAAGAGCUCAUCAAGCACAGUCCGAACAACAACUUGCAAGCUGGAAAUUCCUUGAUUCAAGUUCACCACGAUUGCAUGCUCCAACCCUUGAGAACGAUAUGGUGGGGUACAACAUUGAACAAGCAAACAUGCUGAGUCAACUUACCAGAGACUCGCCUGAACUGGAAGUCAUCUCUGUUACAGGUAUGGGCGGCAUUGGUAAGUCAACUUUUGCCAAAAAGCUGUUUUCUCAUCCCUCAGUUUUGAGCUUCUUUGACAUCCGUGGAUGGGUUACCGUGUCUGAGGACUAUAGUUAUAGAAAUAUGCUUUUAGGCCUCCUUGAAGAUGCUAAUAUUGGGAAGGAAGAAGACCUUGAUAAGAAAAGCGAUUCAGAUUUAGCCGUUUGCUUGAAACAAAGUUUAAUGGGUCGAAGGUAUUUGAUUGUUGUGGAUGACAUAUGGAGCAAAAACGCUUGGGAUACCGUAUAUCUCAGAGAGGUCGUAUUUCUUUGGGUUGGUAGUAAUGGAAUGCUUUCAUUAUCUAAAAUAAAGAACAUCUCCCACCAAAAGAUCAGUCCAAUAAUACCACUCACAGGUAAAUAGCGCAAUACUUCUUCGUGAAUCUCCGCUAUUUGAAUAUGGAACAUCAUAACAACGAACCCCGCACAACGACAUUCUUUGUUUGUGCGCCCCUUACCGUUCUCGCUCAGUCUUUCAACGGCUGGGAAGGCAGUCGUAGAAACGAAGCCUAUCGCCACGCCGACCAUCAAAUACGAGAUUGGGCCCCUUCUCAAAGAUUUGAUGGAAUGGCCCACCCCACCCAAGAGCGCUUAUGUCAUAGGGGAACUCAUGGCUGGAAACAAUCCUUAUGGUUUGUUUUGAUAUCCGGUAGGAAUAAUAAAAAAAAA